GUGGGGCCGCCUGUCUGUCGGCAGCGUGUGCUCUGGAGGAGGGUCGCGUGUGUUCGGCGCCAGGUCUCCGAGCCUAGUCUCCGGGGACAGCACUGCCUGUCUGGUGAGAGAGAGAGGGCUUGUUGCAGGCGGAUCAGGGGGGCAGAGACCCUGGUGGGGCCGCCUGUCUGUCGGCAGCGUGUGCUCUGGAGGAGGGUCGCGUGUGUUCGGCGCCAGGUCUCCGAGCCUGGUCUCCGGGGACAGCACUGCCUGUCUGGUGAGAGAGAGAGGGCUUGUUGCAGGCGGAUCAGGGGGGCAGAGACCCUGGUGGGGCCGCCUGUCUGUCGGCAGCGUGUACUCUGGAGGAGGGUCGCGUGUGUUCGGCGCCAGGUCUCCGAGCCUGGUCUCCCGGGACGCCGAGGACUUUCCCGUCGGCGGUGCGACCCCCCAGGGCGAGACCCCGCGCACAGACACAGAUGGCAGCCUGGGCAGUCUGCGGCCGCCAGGUGACAGCUCGGACGCCAGAAGACAGUCAGAAGACUCCAGAAUAGACAGAAGACUGCGUGGCGGUUCUUCUGGAAUGCUCGAUUUGCCCAAGUCGUACGAACGCUCGCGGCAGCUGUCCGUGUCCUCGGACCGGAGCGGCUCCAGCGGCACGACGGCGGGCUACCUGACGGCGGCGCAGUCCCUCCGCAGCUCCGGGUCGCAGGGCAGCGGCCUCUGGUGGUCCACGCUGUCGCUGGCGAGCGCGCGCUCCGAGCCGCCCAUCACCCGGCCCGACGAAGAAGACACGGCCACCCCCGAGACACCCCCCGGGCAGCGUCGUGACUCCGCGACUCCCUGGAGGACCCCGCUGACCGGGGCCGGCACCGCUGACCUCGGCACCACCAGCGACCCGCGACCUCAGCUUCCCGGCGGGGCUCUACCCGAGAUCCCGGCGAAGCACCUCGCUAGUGGCACCACCGAAGAUGAGAACAAUCGUGCUUUCGUCGAUCCACAGCCGACCGAUCUCGCAAAUACUUUGAUUAAUAACACACCAGUAACUCAGGAAGACAAUUCCUGUCUCAUAAGUAGCAGCAACGUACAACCACGGCUUCUGCAAGGCAAUCCGUCUACUAACUCGAUGAUUCCAGAAGAUAGUGUUCGGCUCAGUGGCACCACCGAGGAUGAGAGUAAUCUUAAUCCCGUCCAUUCAAAUCAAAUGGAUGUUGGGAACACUUCAAUGACUUUUUCGAUGGGGACUCAAGAAGACACUCCUGGUCUAACGAGCAGCAGCAUACAACCGCAGCUUCUUAGCGAAAAUCUGCCCGAUAUUUCUGUGACUCCAGACGAUGCCCUUCUCUCUGUGGGAGAGAGCGGUGAAGACGAAACGAAUCUUCCAACUGCCAUUCCACAGCCAUUGCUUCCUCGUGAAAAUAUGUCAAUAAAGAACAUGCUGGCAACUCAGGAAGAUACCUCUGACCUGGGUAGCAGCGACAGCGAAGAAGACAGUGGGAAUGAUAGCAAGGAACCAGAAGCGAUAGCAGAAGAGCCCAAAUACGAAGGUGCCAGAGAUGAAAAGGCAACCUCAUUAGGUUUCGCAGCUCCCUUUGAAGCACAUGUGAAUCCUUUCAUAUACACAGAGACUUAUGAAAACGAAGAACACCCAAAGGAUGUUCCCGUAACCCUAGAAAAUUCUUCAUACACUAAGGGUUAUAUGGGUGAUUUUUCCAAAGGAAAUGAAUAUGGUGCUGCAUUUGUUGAGGGUAAGAACGACUACCAUACACACGAGGAAAAUAACACUAUAUUCUAUCAACCAAAAAAUAAAGUGCAUCACAUAAGCCUUGAAAAGUCAAACGAUAAAACAAAAAUGACUGAAAGCUUGUCUAUCAAUAGUUCUGUACCAACAGACGUAACAAUGACCGGGAAUCAUGAUCUUAGUUUUAAUGAAGAUGUCAAUAACACAACUAGCGCAGAUAUAGCUGGUGAACCCGAAAUAACAGAUAAUCUUGAGGUUUUAGGGAACAGUGUUGAACAUUUCACAAACCCAAAUGUUUCUGGAGAAUCGGAAGAGAAGGAAUGUCUUCUACCUGAAAAUAAAACGACAAAUACAAAAGAAUCUAACUAUGUUAUUAGUAGGACCACAGCAAACAGCUUUGGGAAACCUUCGGAACGAUACUCCAUCAUAGUAAGCGUGCCCGACGAGGCCGGUAGCAGCCCUACGCCCUUCGGGCUGGACCUGGCUGCGCUGCGCGACUUCCCGCGGGCCUGCCUGCUGCUGGGGCUGGCCCUCGCGCAGUGCGCCGACGUCAACCACGCCUUCUUCACGCCGCUGAUGCUGGCCGGCGACCUGGCGCCGCUCCUCCUGGUCGUCGUGGCGGCGGCCGACCUGGCGGCCAGGGUGCUGCUGCCCGUAGGCCUGGACGGCUUCCACCCAUCGCCCCGGGCCGUGUGUCUGGCGGGCUUCCUGCUGCUGGUGGCCUCGCGCACGGUGCUGACGCUGACCAUGGAGACGAGUGGAAUGCUGAUGGCCUGCGUGUUCCUCGGGGCCAGUCGGGGCGUCAAGGCGGCCUACCUUCCCACGGCCGCCCCUGCAGACAACUUCUGGACCUCUCUCUGCCUGCAGAUGGCCUCCCAAGGCGUGGUCUUCAUCGUGCUUGGCCCGCUCACGGGCUACUUGAAGGACUGGAAUGGCAGCUACGAUGCGAGUGUCCUCGCCAUAAACAUAGCCACUGUGGUCGGGAUGCUGCUGUGCUGUGUCGAGUACCUCCGGCCUGCCUCGUGACUCCUCGCCAUCAGCAUGGCGACUGUGGUCGGGAUGCUGCUGUGCUGUGUCGAGUACCUCCGGCCUGCCACGUGACUCCUCGCCAUCAGAAUGGCGACUGUGGUCGGGAUGCUGCUGUGCUGUGUCGAGUACCUCCUGCCUGCCUCGUGACUCCUCGCCAUCAGCAUGGCGACUGUGGUCGGGAUGCUGCUGUGCUGUGUCGAGUACCUCCGGCCUGCCACGUGACUCCUCGCCAUCAGCAUGGCGACUGUGGUCGGGAUGCUGCUGUGCUGUGUCGAGUACCUCCGGCCUGCCACGUGACUCCUCGCCAUCAGCAUGGCGACUGUGGUCGGGAUGCUGAUGUGCUGUGUUGAGUACCUCCGGCCUGCAUCGUGACUUCUCGCCAUCAGCAUGGCGACUGUGGUCGGGAUGCUGAUGUGCUGUGUCGAGUACCUCCGGCCUGCCAAGUGACUUCUCGCCAUGAGCAUGCCGACUGUGGUCGGGAUGCUGCUGUGCUGUGUCGAGUACCUCCGGCCUGCCUCGUGACUCCUCGCCAUCAGCAUGGCGACUGUGGUCGGGAUGCUGCUGUGCUGUGUCGAGUACCUCCGGCCUGCCACAUGACUCCUCGCCAUCAGAAUGGCGACUGUGGUCGGGAUGCUUCUGUGCUGUGUCGAGUACCUCCGGCCUGCCACGUGACUCCUCGCCAUCAGCAUGGCGACUGUGGUCGGGAUGCUGCUGUGCUGUGUCGAGUACCUCCGGCCUGCAUCGUGACUCCUCGCCAUCAGCAUGGCGACUGUGGUCGGGAUGCUGAUGUGCUGUGUCGAGUACCUCCGGCCUGCCAAGUGACUUCUCGCCAUGAGCAUGCCGACUGUGGUCGGGAUGCUGCUGUGCUGUGUCGAGUACCUCCGGCCUGCCUCGUGACUCCUCGCCAUCAGCAUGGCGACUGUGGUGGGGAUGCUGCUCUGCUGUGUCGAGUACCUCCGGCCUGCCACAUGACUCCUCGCCAUCAGCAUGGUGACUGUGGUCGGGAUGCUUCUGUGCUGUGUCGAGUACCUCCGGCCUGCCACGUGACUCCUCGCCAUCAGCAUGGCGACUGGGUCGGGAUACUGCUGUGCUGUGUCGAGUACCUCCGGCCUGCUACGUUAAAAAAAAUUAUAAAUGUAAAAUUUCAGUAGUAUAUGGUCUUUUUUUCUAAAUAUUACUAAGUCAAAAAUCCUACAGUUUUUUUUCUGUUAGCCCCAGCAUAAUUAAUUAAUACUCACUUUUUAAAAUGAUAUUUUUGAUUGAAUGUAUAUAUUUUGAUUGUAAAUAAUUUGUUUGUAAUUUUAUGGAAACCCAAAAAUUCUACAUAAGUUGAAAGGCAUUAUAGCAGUAGUACCUAUACGUGUAUAUUUUCUCUAAUACACUGAUUCACAAUUGGAAUUGAUCUUUGUCACAUGUCAUAAAAAAGAAGUUAAAUAUUAGUAGGGGGAGCACACGGGUUCUGGGGCACAGUAAACAAUCAAACAGGUGGGUGUGGCACCACAUGUCCAGGUGGGCGUGGCAGCAGGCAGGCGUGGCACCACAUGGCCAUGUGGGGGCGUGGGCGGGAGCCAUGUGGAGGGAAUCCUCAGGUGGUUGUUGACGUCACGUGGAGCAUCGUCUGCUCGUGCGACGGCAUCUUGGUUGUAAUUUGUGUUAAAGACAAUUGUUCUCUUGUAGUGAUAUAUUUAUAUUGUUUUUUCCAGUAAUUAAAUACAUAGUGGCAAUUACUAAAAAAGUAAUAUUAUUUAUAACAUUCACCCAAUUUAUUAGAAGUAUUCUUAUUACCUCACACACAGUUGUCAUUAUUCAUAACUAAAAUAAUUUGUUUGAAGGAAUGUCUUGUGCAUAUAUAGAGAGUAUUCUCGCUUAUAGUCAUUAUAUUAAAUUUUUAUAUAUUGCCAAUGCUGUAUCGUGCGAGAGCCUCGCAGACCUGUGGCGACUGCGCUCCCCUUCCUGAUUUAAUAAUAACCCAGACGGCCUUCCGCGUAGGGUCCGCCAGCCAGCAGCGCUACGCGCCGCGGAUAGAAAAGCCUUCAAUUAAUAUUAUUUAGAUUUACCUCAAUUUAAAAUAUUUAUUUUCCCACACUUAAAAUAUUACGUGUACCUUGAGGGCGUACGGGGUUGUGGUGAAUUUAUCGAUAUUAAAUAGUGGGCGCCACCACGUGAGUGGGCACGUGGACCCGGCUUGAUACUCUUACUCAGGGCGUUACGUGGCCCGUGUGCGGCGAGAUAUUUGGCCCUCUGGAUUUUAACCGCGCCGCUCUCGACCCUGCCUAAGCCCGCUCUCAGCGUCGGGCACGCUUCUAACACGCCGUGGGCUCUCAGGGCGUCCCACACGCCGCCGACCAGGUUAGGGUCCCACGUGGUCCCCCCCGAACACAAAGACACGUAACACAGUUAAUUAGUUUACGUACUCACGAUUUAUUUCCGUACACGUUCCUUCACUGGUACAACUGGUAAAAAUGCCCGGGGCACGAAUCGGCUUAGAUGAAGAGGCGGACCAUACACGUGGCCGCCCCAAGUCGUUACGUAUUACGAUGGUGAUAUUAAAAACUCCGAGAAGUUACUAUUAAUUAUUUAAAAAGUCUCUCCGACCGAGAGAGGCCCCGAGGAUGAAGAAAGAGAUUCAGAUAAAUUAAACUAUGGAAUUAUUACUCAGUGACUCAACGGUGAUGUCCUCGAGGUGUCGAUAGAGACGUCCGCUCUCGGCCGGCUGUAGAAGGAGACUGGGAUGAGAUCAUGGUUUGCAGGUGGCAACAUGGCGCCCCUUCGCGCCGAACACAAUGACCGUUACACACUCUGCGAUUCCGUGCCCCGGCGAAAGUUAAGUAAAUAGUAGAUUACAUUUAAUAAUUAUAUAGAAAUUACUGGUAAUUUAAAAUACAUUAAUGUUUACGUAGUUAUUAAGAAUUAUGCUAAAACAUUUCUACCCUCGUUCAAGUCCGUGCCUGUUCGGGUCCGCCCGGGCAACGUCUAUAGUUUUAUAUUUAACAUAAUAUUUAAAUUAAAGAAACACCUGAUUAAACUGUAACAAAACACUGGGGCGAAAGAAUAAAAGAAAAAGGUUUACAAUGUGAAUUAAUAUAUUUAGGGGUGCGGCGCACUGCAUCUAAGCGCCCUCUUGCUGUAGUUCGUGGCGCGCAGUUUGAAUCGCACACGGCUACGUACGUUACGACACAAAUGCCGGGUAGGGAAGGUAUUGGGAAAGGGAACGGAGGAUGAGCAGGCUCGUGGGGCGAAGCCCCGGCUGACACAACCUGUAUACGAAAAACGUAAUUUCUCCCAAGUUAAAAUACUUUUUUUCCACACUUAAAAUAUUACAUGUACCUGUAUACAAAUGUACUUUCUCCCAAGUUAAAAUACUUUUUUCCACACAUAAAAUAUUACGUGUAUAUGCAUUAUUUCAGUUAAAUAUAAAAAUAUUAUUUCAAUUUAAAAAUAAAAUAUUGUGUGAAACAAUUUUUUUUUACUCCAGUUAAGUGACAGGAAGUUGUGUGUGUUUUAUUAACAGAGUUACCUGUACCUGCCAUUUGAUUAUUACCAGGCAAAAGUAACUUGUAAUAAUAUUUUCUUCUUUUGCGAUAGUUUCGUUUACUUAACAUUUGUUUAAAAAAAAUAAUUUAUGUGUAUUUCUCACAUCAGUUUUGAUAUCUCUUAUGAGUCUCGUUUACAUACUGUUUCUUUUAAAAAUAAAAGAUAAUGUAUGUAUAUUUUUUCUCACAUCAGUUUUAAUAUCUCUUACGAAUACCUAGCACAUUGCUACAAAUUAGAUUACAUAUUAUGUGUGUUUUCUAGACGAAAGUAACAUCCUACGUGUUACAUCAGUCAACGAGUUUUAAAGACUUUUAAACCAGACACGUCUUUCCCAAUCACACGUGGUGCCACGCCCACCUCGUACCACACCCACCUCCUGCCACGCCCAUUGUUUACAGUGCCCCAGAACCUGUGUGCUCCCCCUACUAACAUUAAAUGUUUAAACAUUUUGCUUGAUAAGCCAGUUAAUAUUUAUUUUGUUUUGUUUUUUAAAUUUUUAAGAUGGAAUUGUAUCUCUUGACUUCGAUUGAAAAUACAAUUCAGACCAAUUUGUAUGCCAUCUAAACCUGUUUUAAAAUAACAGCUUCAAUCAACAUACAGUUUUAUUGAAUUGUGUUUUCAUGCUGUUACAAGAUUAGAAAUGGACUUUGUGUUAUGUAUUAAAAUACAAAUUUAUUUUUAAUAACACCAUAAACAUUUGUUCAUACCAAAUACAAAAAUUGUUUGAACCAUUCAUAGGUACUAAUAUUCAAAUAACAUUAUUACAAGUCUGGUAUUUGGAAGGUAACUGCAGAAUAAUGAUAGUAUUAAAAUAUUUUGCAGAGAAAUAUAAGGGUUAAUGGCCAUAA